CUUGCAUAAAUUAUAAUGAAGUGGUUUUUAUUGUUAUUAAUAUUACAGUUCAUAAUGUGGAGUGCAUCAGAAGAACCACCAGGAACAAUGGAAGGGGAUGCACCUGAAUCUAUGCUACAUGCAAAAGAAAAAUGUGAACAAAAUAAAAGUCAGUUGGAAUCUUUGAAAGAAAUUAUGUUGAAAAAUAAACAAAGUUUAAAAAAGAAAGAAGAAGAAGUUCAGGAAUAUGCAAGGAGACUUUCUAAAAUUAAAUCUAGAGCUAAGUUAUCACGUCGAAAUAGAGAAGGAAAUUUGCCUUCUAAAGAUAUAGCUCGUAUAUCUGAGACUGCUUUAACAGAUACACCUGAAGAAAAUAUUGAUGAUAUUAGUCAAGCAAAAACUGCAAAAGCAAAGUCUACUUUACUCCAAAAAAAGCUAGCAGAGAAUAGAAAAGCUUUUGAACAACGUAAUAAAGAAAUAAGUGAAACUAAACGAGCAGUUGAAGAAAAAGUAGAAGCUAUUAGGCAACAAUUAGAAGAAAAAGAUGUGACAGUAAUGGCUCUUCAAAAGGAUCAAAUAUCCAUUACAGCUGUAAAACCAGUCAUGAUUACUUCUGAUAUCAUGUCACCAAUUCAAAUAGAAAGUAUUCAAGAAAAAGAAAGUAAAAUUACAGAACUUAAUAAUAAAAUUUUGGAGCUUGAAGCUACAAUUAUGGAUCUUCAGGAAAACUUGAAAGAAAAAGAUUCUGUUAUUGAAUCUAAGACAAAGGCAGUUACCCUUAUGUCUGCAGAUCUUUCAAAAAAGGGUAAAACGACGUUAGACACUCUAGAAGAUACGAAAGACGAAAUGCGAACAAUGCAGGAGCACUUUGUACUUUUAGAGACAUCUUUGAAAAAUAAAAAUGAAAAUCUUUUAAUGCAAUUGCAAGAAAGAGAUAAUAAAAUUGUAGAACUAGAAGAUUCAGUUGAUCGAUUUAGGAAACAGAUUAAUGAGCAAAAAUUGUCUGAGACUGCCAGUGUCGAUUUCUCUCGCUCUACCAUGGAUACUUUGGUAGAAACUAAAGAAGCUAUGAAAUCAAUGCAAGAAAAUUUUGUACUUAUGGAAUCUUCACUUAAAGCGAAAAACGACAAUUUGCUGGAACAAUUAAAAGAUUAUGAGUUAAAAUUAGCAGAAGCUAAUGAACGAGUUUUUAAACUCGAAUCUGGUAUUGGAAUAAUCAGAGAUCCAACUGUUGAUGAUUUACAAUUCAAAUUAGAAAAAUUGGAACAUAAUAAUAAACAAUUGCAAGAUGAAAAAUAUGAGUUACAAAAAAGCAUUGCAGAAUUACAAGAUAAAAUUGUAAAUAUAUCUAUGCAUGGUAAUGGUGCAAUAAUAGAAAAAGAUAAUAGAAUAAUUGAACUUGAAAAUUUAGUAGAAGAGUUAAAACAAUCUAAUAAAUUUCUUGAAGAAGAAUCUAAAACAGAAUUACAAAAACAAGUAGCGGAUUUAACUUUAAAAAAUGAAGAGUAUUCAAAUAAAAUAACUGAUCUUGAAAACUUUGUUCAUAAACUUGAAGAAGAAAAAAAUGAAAUUGCGGCGAAGUUACCAGAAGAGGGUAUUAUUAAAGAAGAUGAAAAAGUGGCAAAACUUUCUAAGGAAUUAGAAGAAUUAAAUAAAAAUAUGAUCAAAAUUAAAGCAAAGCAUAAAAGUAAAGUAAAAAGUUUACAACAACAAUUGGAAAAUUUUAAAAAGAUAUCUGAUACAAAUGCGGAACUUGUCAGAUUGGGGAAUCAAGUGGCAUUAUUAGAGGAGGAGAAAGGUAACCUUCAGCUGAGUCUGGUAGACUUUGACGAGCUUAAAGCCUCAGCAGGAGAUUGGCAAGAACGUGUUGUUGAUCUUGAAAGUAAAGUUUCUGCUCAAACGAAAGAAAUUGAAAUGCAAAUUGAAGCCAUUGCUACUCUAGAGAAUCAAAAAUUGGAUCUUUUGCAAGAGCUUCAUAUGGCGAAACAAGAAAUCUCGUCUUUAGAGGCGGAAAAUGCAGAAUCUGAGAAUCUUAGAGUAACUGCAGAAAUAAAAGUCGUUGAUCUUGAAGAACAAUUAGAAGCUGUGCAUAGAAUGCAAAAUGAAAGUAAAUUAGAAUCUUCAUCAGAGGUUAAUCCUGCAGAGUUAAUUAAACAAGUGGAAACUUUAACACAAGAAAAUACCGAAUUAUAUAAUAGAAUAUCGAAAUUUGAAGAAAAAGGAACAUCUGAUACUGGAUCUACUGAAUCAUUUGAAGCUAUACAAGAAUUAGAUAAAACUGAUUUGUUGAAAAAAAUCGAAGAUUUAACACAGAAAAACAAUGAAUUAACUCUUAAAUUAAAUAAACUUCAAGAAAAAGAAAAUGCUGAUUCCAUCGAAUCUAUGAAUAACAUUGAUAAAAAUGAAUUAUUAAAGAAAAUUGAUCAAUUAACACAAGAAAAUAGUGAUUUAACAAUGAAAUUGAGUAGAGUGGAAGAGAAAGGAUCCUCAGAUACGGGUUCGACAGAAUCUUUUGAACGAAUACCAGAAAAUAAUGAGAGUAUGACGAAAAUUGAGCUUCUUACACAAGAAAAUAGCGAACUUGUAAUUAAACUUACGAAACUUGAGGAACAAUUAGAAUAUAUAGAAUCUAAAUCGGAUAUUGAUUUGAAAUUAAAGAUUGAUACUUUGGAGCAAGAAAAUGAUAAUCGAUCUAUGGAAUUAUCGAAACUUAAAAUUCAAUUAAUGGAUUUCAUUGAAGAAAAUAAUAGAUUGCAUAAAGAAAUUGAAAUGUUGUCUAUAAACAAUACUGAUUUAACUAUUGAGCCAGAUAAAUUAGAAGUUCAAAUUGAAACUAAACAAUCCGAAGAAUCUGAAGUAUCGAAAAGGGAUGUUGAUUUCAAAACACAAAUUAAUGUAUUAAUAGAAGAAAAGGAUCUUUUACAAAAAGAAGUAAAAGAAUUACGUAAUUCAUUGGAACAAUGGCACGACAAAAAUCAGGAUCUUCAAAUCAAUGAUUUGAGAAUUAAAAUAGAAGAAUUGUUAAGAGAAAACGAAGAAGUAGUUACAAAAAUGUCAGAACUUAAAACCUCUAAUCAAAAAUUAGAAGAAAAUGUAAUGAAAAUUACACAAGAAAAAGAAGAAUUACAUUUAAAACUUAAUGAAAUGUUGGAUUCUAAUAACGAGAAUUCAAAACUUACCGAAAAAUUAGAUAAACCGAAUCUUGAAAAACAGAAUAUUGAGGAGAAGAAACAACUCGAUGAACAAAUUAGUAUUCCUUUGGAAAAAUCUGAUGAAGAAUUACUUAAAACACCACAAUUAGAUGAACCUUUAUCUCAACAAACAGAAUCGAUGAUCGUUGUUUCUUUGGAACAGGAGAUAGAAAAAUGCAAAAAUUUGAUCGUCGAGCAAACAAGUCUAAUCGAAGAGAUGAAAAUAAAAUUAGUAAACAAGGAAAAAGAAUUAGAAGAGAAAAGUCAACAGAUUGUGGAUUAUGAAAAAUCUGGAAAGAAAGCUGAAAGUUUGGAGAAUGAAUUGAGAGAAAUGUUUAGUACCAUAGAAGAAUGGAAAUAUAAGUGCAAUGAAAUGCAAGAAAAAAUGGAGAAAUUGGAAACGGGAAAAGCAUCCAUUGAAGAAAAAUUCAGAACAUUACAAAACGAAAAUAAAAUAUUAUUAGAAGAAAAUAAUGAGAAAAAUGCGGAAACUGUAUUAUUGAAAAAACAAUUGCAGGAUACAACGGUGACAUUUGAAUCAAAGUUUCAAGAACAAAUUUCAAUAAUCUCUGAGAAAGAAAAUGAAAUUAUUAGAUUGAAAGAAACCAUGGAGGAAAAGGAUCAAGAAUUACAAGCGAAAUACACGGAACUCCAAAAUAAAAUGAUCACGAUAGACAGUUUGCAAGAUGAAUUUAACAAUUGUAAAUUGUUAAUCCAAGAGAAGGAUUCUUUGAUAACAUCGAUGACCAAUGAAGUUUCAAAUCUCAAUAAUCUAGUAAAAAGUAAAGAAGAAGAAAUAUAUUCAUUGAGGAGAAAUAUUACCGAAUUGAAUGACAAAAUGGAGGAGUCGAUACCUGUGAAAGAUUAUAACGAUUUGAUGGAAAAAUUGAAGGAUAAAAAUAUGAUUCUCGAUGAAUUGGAGUGCAGAAUUAACGCAACCACGAAAGAAAAUAGUAAUUUAUCGGAGAAAGUGAAAAAUUUGUCGCAGCAUAAUAACGAUAUUCAAGAUCAAUUAACCGAAAAGCAACGGGAACUCGUCGAUUUAAUAACAACGAAAGAUCAUCUGGAGGCACAAAUCGUGAAAUCCAAAGAUGAGAAAGGUGAAGCUGAAAGGCGGGUGUGGGAAUUGGAGAGCAUUAUAGACAACAAUGCAAAGUUUGUCAAUGAUUUGCAAGCGGAAUUGAGAAGCAAUUAUAAACAAAUGGAACAGUUGAAAUUGAAGCACACGGAGGACACUCAAUUGCAAAACCAGAGACUCGAAAAUGUGAUCGAAGAAUUGGCCGGAAAAAUGCAAGAAUGCGAGAUAUUGAAGGAAGAAUUGGAACAGAAGGAGAGAUUAAUCGGUCGCAACGUGACCGAAGAGGUUAAACUUGCUUUAGAGUCAAAGGUUGCCGAUUUGGAGAAAAAGUUGAAAGAUUCCGAGGAGAAAAUACAGACCCAAUUGGAAAAGAUGAAAAAGAUAGCUGCCAAUUUGAAGAAGAAAACGGCCGUUUGUCAGGAGCUUGAGACCAGGGUUGCCGAGUUGGAAGAAAAAUGGACGACCGAGAAAGACGAGAAGGAGGCAAAGAACAAGCAAAUUCAAGACGUGGAGAUUGCGAUCCGCGAGAAAGACAACAGAAUAGCCGAUCUCGAGGAGAAGCUUGCCCAAUCUAGAAACGAGACUGCACAAGCGUCGAAGAGUAUCGAGAAACUGACUAGCGAUUCGUCGAACUUGAAGGAGAAGAUGACCUCGCUCGCCCAACAAAUUGCAGAGAUGGAGGAGGAGAUUGUAAAGUUGCGAGCGGAUCUCGAAUCCUCGACGGCCGAUCUUACGUUGGAAAAAGAGAGCAGGCGGAAUAUAUUGUCGGAGUACGAAUCUUACAGGCAGCGAAUCGUCCAAGAGAGCGAGCGCAAGCAGUUGGAAUUGGACGAGAUGAAGGAGAAGGCCAGGGAGUUGAGCGUGAGGAUGCAGGUUAUGGAGGCUGAAUACGUCGAACACCUUACCCUGAUCAACGACCUUAAGGCGGAAAACGGCCUCUUGUUGUCGAAACAAGCGCAUAUAAACGAGAAAUUGGAGACGGUCGAGAAAGAAUCGGAGGAGAGACGGUUGUUGCUCGAGCGGAUGGGGAAAUCGGCGGUGGUCGACGCCCGAGCGGAGGCCACCCAGACCCAAGGGGAGGAGACUGCGAACGAGGAUGACGCGAAAACGAGCGGAGGCUUGGAGCGCUGCAGCCAUUGCGAGCAGUGCCAGACGUUGGUCCAAGCGUUGGAGGCGAAAUUGCAAGAACGGGAAGCCGAGAUAGAGAACUUGGACAACGAGUUGGCGAAUUCCAUUGGUAAUUUCGUCCAGAUGAGGGAAUCCCUGAGGUUCAACGAUCUGAUGAAUCAGACAGGUAUGAGGAACAGAACCCUCGAGGAUCCGUACAACGAUCUUUUAUUCCAGUACAACUCGUUGGCGUCGAGUCACGAGGAGGUGAAGGUGAAUUUGGAGAAAGCGUCGAGGGAGAACGAGGAAUUGAGAGGGAGGAUUGACCAGUUGCGUUCCACGAACGACACUUUGCAAGAGAACGUGGAAAGGUUGCAGAACGUUGAUGCGCUGAACUCUGAUCUGGUUGAAAGGUUGGAAGAACGCGAGAAGGAAUUGUUAAACGUGCGACAGGAAAUGGAAAUUGUUCAAAGGCGCGGGGAGGAACUGGAACGACGAUUGAACGACCGGGCAGAAUCUCUCAAAUCCAUGGAGGUGCAGAGAGAAACGGCAGAGAAAUUGUUGCAAGAUACGAGACUUAAGUUGGAACGGGAGAUCGAGUCUCUCAAAACGGACAAAGACUCGAACGAAAGGAAAAUAAAAGAUUUAGAAACGGAGUUGGACGCGUACAAAAAUAAGAAUCUAGCAGAAUCUAGCAGGGAACCCUUCGUUACAGCUCCUCGAGAGAACGCCCUCCCCCCUCAAUUGUUCGACGCCUCCAGGAUCUUCGGCAGCGCGCCAACCCCUCCCGAUUCCGACUCUCUGGCCGACAAGGAGGUGAAGAGGUUGCAGGCCCUGCUGGAGGAGAAGGAGGGGCAAUGCUCCAAUCUGACCGAGGAGGUCAAUCGAUUGCAGGCGACGAUGAUCGAGGAGAGGACGCAGAUCGAUGAGUUGAAAGCCUCGCAAAAGGAACUUCGCUCCAAUUUGGAAAUGGCGGAACAACUGGUGGCCGAGAAAGAAAGACAAAUCGACUCGUUGAACGUGGAGUUGCGCAACUUGAGAAUGGAACAGAGAAACGACACGGAUAACCUCGAGGAAUCGUUGCUGGCCAAAGAAGAUCAAUUGAGGGAGUUGAACGCGAGGCUGAGUUCCAUGAAAGAGACGUUGGAGGAGGCGGUCGUUGAACGAAAUCGGCAAGAUUCCCUUCUACGAUCCUACGAAUCACAGAUAAACAAUUUAGAGACGGAAUUGAAAAAUUCUACCGACCUCGAAGCGAUACAGGAGAAGCGCGUUUUGUCGCUCACGAAGGAGAGGGAUCUGUUACAGUUGCAGGUAAACGAUUUGACGAGAUCCAUGGAGGAGUUGAAGGACUCGGUCAACCUUGGCCGGUCGAACUUGCAGCUGGAGAUCGAGAGGGUUGGCCGCGAGAGGGACGAGGCUAAAGAAGCGAUGGCGAAUCUUAGCCGAGCGUUGGAGGAGGCUGCCUGUAAAUGCGACGAAGCGACGCCUAUUACGUCAACGAAGGAAUCAACCCCUUUGAACGAGGACCAACGAGUCGGGGGGAACAUCGUCUUGGAGGAGAAAAACGUUUCUCUGGAUGUUGGGGGGACGUGGGACGCGGAGAAAAUCAACGUGGACGAGGAGAUAUGGGGAUGGAACACGGAGGACGCGCAAUUGGACAGCGAGCAGGCUAUGGCGUCCACAAUGUUGAUCAGCAACGCGGAGAUUGAGCUACGAGCGAAGAUAGACGAUCUCCAGGAUCAGGUGAAAGAUUUGGAGAGGGAGAGGGCGAGGAUGGGGGAGGAGAACAAGGCCGCCCAAUUGAGGAACGCGAAAAUGAUAAAGAAGCUGAAGGAGUACAAGGUGCAGACGGAGAGCCUGCAACGGCAAUUGAAGAUACAGAAAUCGGCCAGCGACUUUUGCGGAUUGGACUCGGCUAUCGAGGAGGAGUUGAAGUCGCAGAUAGGAAAAUUGGAGAAGAGUUUGGACGAGAUUAAGGAGGAGCAGAGAAACACGGUAGCCGAGAAGGAGGCGCUGAUGAAGCGGUUGGACGUUGUUGUCUCGGCGAACGAGAGGUACAUGGAGAUGAAAGAGAGGCAGGACAUGGACAUGGAGGUACUUCGUAUUCGAAACAAAGAAUUAUCCGAAAAGGUAGAAAUUCUCGACAAACGUUUGCAGGGAGGCGCGACGACGUUUCGGAUCGUCGAGGAGCAAGCCGAUCCCUCGGCGACCGAGCAACAGGUUAAGCAAGAGCAGCAGGCGAACAGGGGGAAACGUUCCGCGGAUCUCGAAAGUUUGUCGAAAAAGUACAAGGAGGAGAUCGACGAUCUCAAGGACGAGAUGGAGGCGCUCGCGACCGAGAACGAGCAACUUCAACGCUUCCUAGAGGAGCAAAAGAUUAAGUUGUCCGCGUUAGAGGCGAAACGAAACGCCGAGGUGGACGAGUCCAUCCAGAUCGUGGACGACUUAAACAGAAAAAUUUCUGAAUUGCAGGCGGUGUUGAGUAAAUCUAGGGAGGAGUAUGAUUUGUUGAGGAAGCAAUACGAGCAGAGCUUGAUGGACGCUAACGAUCAAGUUACAGCAAUGAGGCAAAACGCCGAUUACUUGAAAGAAGAGGCCUUCGAGAGGACGGGAAAAUUGGAAAUGGAGAUAGCCGAUUUGCGCAAACAGCUCGAGGCUUCCGAGUCGAACGUUACAGAGUUGCGAAAGAAUUUGGAGAAAGCUUUGCGAGAGAAAUUGAGUCUGGAAGAGAGAUUGACAGAUUUGACGGCGUCCUCGGAGAAGCAAGUUUCUUCUUUGAAUGCAUCCAUGUUAGAGGUGACCGAUCUUUUGAACAUCAGGAUACAGGAAGUGGCGGACUUGAAGCAAGAGCUUCAGAAACAGUACGUGGAGCACGAAGAAGCAAAGAUGAAGUUGCAGAAUACCAUACACGAGUUGAAUAGAGAAUUCGACGAAAAGAGGCAGGAAAUGGAGAAUUUGAGGAGAUCGUUCACCGAGAAGGAGAAGGAAUUUAUCGAGCGGCAGAGCGUGGAGACGGUGAGCGCCCUCGUAAGUCAGGCAACUCAAGAAUUGAUGCAAAAGCACGCGAUAGAAAUCGAGGAGAGGGAUAAACACGUGCAAAACCUCAACGAAAGAUUGUCCACGUUAGAAAUAGCUAUAAACGAGUAUUUGCUCGAGAAACAGAACAACGUUGUUCAACUCGAAGCCCAAAGACAAGAAUUAGAACUCUUGAGGAAGAAUUUAAUGGAAAAGGAGUCGAGUUUGGCGUCUGUUCGAGAGAGAUUUACGUCCACGGAGGAGCAAUUGAGGGAGAGAGUGUUGGAAUUGUCCGAAAGGGAGGGAACAAUUCAGAAAUUGUCAUUCGAGAAUCAGAGAUCCGUGGAAACUAUUGAAGAGCUGCGUGAACGUUUGAACGAGUCUGCAGCAACCUUGGCCAGUCUGAACGAGUGUACGCUACGUAUUCAGACUUUGGAGCAGGAAGUGGAAAACAUGAGAUCACUCCUAGACGAGAAAGAGGCCAUCUUGCGAAAGAACGUAGAGGAGACGACAGAGUAUAUGGAAAUUGUAGAAAAGAAUAGAAUAGAAUUGAGCGAACUUCGUAUGGAGACACAGAAAGUGGAAGAGUUGAAGAAUGAACUGUCGAGGAAGGGCGAGCAAGUGAACAAUUUGAGCUCGGAAUUGGAAGCAACCCGUAAAGUUUUGGAGGAGACUAGGCAGAAUUUGAACGAAAAGAUGUCUCUUCUGGAUCAAAGUAAUCAGAUGUUGAACGAGAGACAAAUGGAAAUUGAUAGAUUGUCGAGUUUGCAACAGGAUCGACGUAAUUCUACUAACAUGAUAGACGGUUUACCUGUGUUUAGAAUGGGCAAUGGCGAGCAAAAUUUACAGCAUACCGUAGACAAUAUGCAGGUUGAACUUGAAAGGAAGCAAGAAGAGAUCGAGCAUUUGAAAUAUAUUCUGAGCGAGAACACGUAUCCAGAUAUAAUUCAAGAGAUGCAACAAAGGAUCAAUUGUCUGUACAAUGAGAAGGCGGAGUUGGAAUCUUCAUUGGAGGUGAUCAAUGCAAGGGCCGAGGAAAAGGAGAAGCAAAUCCAUGCUUUGACGCAAAGAAUCGAGACGCAAAGCCAGGAAUUCGUUUCCAAAGAAGAAGCUAGUCUUCGUUCCAGGGAUCGAAGAUCGAUCCAGGAACAGGAACAAAUUGUCAGGCUUCAGAAUGAGUUGUACGCCAAGGAGCAAGAAAUUAACGAACUCAAGUACAUCGUAGCCGAAAAAGACUCUCAGUUGUCUGUCCAAGCAAGCAUGGAGCCUCAGUCGGAUGAAUUUGAAUUACGGGAGAUGGUUCAAAGAUUAACUGCUGAAUUAUACGGUAAGGAAGAGGAAAUUAAACAUGUAAAAUUAACAAUUGUCGAAUUGCAGAGGGAAGUGUCUCGCUUGCAAGAGUUUGAAAGAUUCUCGGAACAGACUAGGGAAGCUGUACAGAAGCUUAACGCGGAGAAGGAGCAGAUUCGUUUGGAGGGUGAGGAAUUCUUGGAGAGAAUGUUGAAAGAGAAGGAAAUGGAGAUCGACGAGAUAAAGCGAAACUUGGCUAUGGAGAAUCAAAAAAUCUUGGAUGAGUUAUCGUUCAACAAUAGAGACAUUGAAAAUCUGAAAAGUCAGUUGAUGGAGUUGUCCACGACUGAGCGAAGGACGAAAGAUGAAUUACGUCGGAAGGAAGAGGAUUUGAUACGAGUAAAUUCUGAUCUGGCGGAGAAGGAACGAAGAUUGGCCGAAUUGAGCAUUACCAAAGAUGCAGAGCUUCACAAUUUGAAGAUACAAAUUUACGAGAAGGAAGCGCGUAUAGAGGAACUCGUAUCGUUGUACGAGGAGGGAGAGAAGCGAUUUACCGAAUUGAAAAAUAUUUUGACGGCCAGAGAAAUCGAAAUCAAUUCGUUGAAGACACUUUUAGAGGAUAAAGUGAAGGAAUAUCAAUUGAUACAAAACGUUUUAAAGAAAGACGUAUCUGUUCUCGAUACUUCUACAGCUGCUGGAAACAUGGAAACCUCUGAUGAGAAGAGUAAAACAUCAGCGUCGCAGGAAUUAGAUCUUGCGUUGUACAUGCUUCAUCAAAGAGACGUAAGAUGCGAAGAAUUGACGCACGAAUUGAUGCAGUUACUCGAAGAACGCGAUACGUUGCAAUUACGCCUCUCUAACGCGAUCAGAGUUAAUGAAGACUUGAGAAAAGGUACCUUAACGAAUAUAGACUUCAGCCCGAAAAUGGAGGCAACCACUUCUGGAGGCACUGUGGAACCAAUUGUAGAACAUCCUUCGCCAUCCAAGUCUGAGGGACCAGUCGAGAUAGCCAAAGAAGCUAUUGACGCACCGAUUGGGGAAAACAAGGAAAUCCUUGCCCAAAAUUUUCCCUUCAGGCUGUCACAACUGCAAACGGUGAGCCAUUCAAAAGAUGUGCGAUUGAGGGAUGAACGAGAGUUGAGACACACACAACAAAUGUCUUUACUAGCGCACAAAGACGUUUUAAGUACUUUACCCCCUGAAGCAGCUGCCAGACUCGUCAAUGCAAAUUACACACUCUCUAGGGAUGUCCAGAGUCAAUCGAGUGUUUUGUUAAAUUGGCUAUGGGGAAAAAGUACGCCAAAAGUGGUACAUAUGUGAUGGAAUACUAAUGAUGGUGAGGUGGACACUAUCCUUGCCUUCUGGAUACAUUCCUGCCAAGUGCCAACUGCCGAGACUAUUUCUGUAAUUAAACUAAAUCGAACAAGUCAAAAACAAUUGAAUAUUUCAAUUAAUUCGUCGACACAUUGCGACGUGAUUGAAAAAUGUGAUUCACAUAUUAUUGUCGUACUUCUUCAAAGGGUUCUAAAAAGUCGCUCCUCUUCAGAGAAGAAGAGAAAGUGAGGAGUGGACUUAAUUGUAUUAUAAUCAUUGUAUAGUUGUCGUGUUUAGAUAAAUUAUAAACGAACAUUGCCUUGAAGAAAUGUAUAUUUCAGUUAUUUUAUUAGCCAUGAAAUUGUUAAUAGGGCGUAAGAUGUUUCUUGAGUAUCGAGAUCUAAUAUUCGAUACAAAUGUAUUUGUUCCGAUAAUAAUUCUUUUUAAUUUCUGCAAAUUUUUUUGUUUACCAUUGUCUAUUAUGCAAAUUAUCUGUGAUUUGUCAAUUAAUUUAAUGUCACGAAUAUUUCUAUAAAAUGUUAUCGAUUGAAUCGAAAAAAUAAAUUUCUAAUGAAAUGUUGACAAAUCAUACGAUGAUUGAAAUUUAAUAUUAAUUGUGAAAAUGUUUUAUCACUGCAAGUGCCGUAAUUAUUUGUUGCUUUUUAACUAUGAUGAUUCGAACUUUCUAUUUCCACGAAAUAUUUUGUACAGAAAAAAGAAAGCGUCGUUGAAUAAAUAAAUUAUGAAACAAAA